AGAAGAGGGCAUUUGGUCAGAUGAACAGAUGGUCUGAUGCUUUCUCUGGUGCUAUUCAGUGAUAAUGCAUCAUUCUCAAUGGUUCCAAUACAUGGAAAUGAGAUGAUGCAAAUAUGCCUUCAAGGGAGCUCAGAGGGACAGUUGGGGACAAGCUCAUUUGGAGCAAGGAAUGCCAACAAAGAACACAUGAAGGAACAUUAAGCAGCAGCAUCAUAUGCAGCAGUGGUGAAAAUGAGAGCACAAAUAUUUUGCUUCUUAUGCAAAUGUGGCACUGAGCUUAAUUUCCACCAUCUCUUUCUAAGAAGGGGAGGAACUUCACAUUACAUUGCAUCAAUGCUUGGAUGUGCUGAUUGCUGGUGUGAACCAGAAAAAAAAAUGCAGAUAAGAAGUUAUAUGAAGUGUUCUAGAGUGAAAUAUGAAGUGUUCAAUGGCCUUCUAAUUGUUGAUCAAGGCUGUGGACAGUUGUGUUCAAGACACCAAAAUUACACCAGUUUAAAAAAAAAAAAAAACCAGAACUUCAAACUUGACAAGUAGAUACUUCAAAUGUGCAGCAACUAAAUAUGGACAGGGUCUUAGUUGGAAGAACAGCUGUUGAGUAUCAAACACUAGCAAUGCAGCAUGGGUGCUAAGAACACUGAUUUACUUUAGCAUAUGCUGCUGUUGGAAUGCACCAAAAAAAAAAAAAAGGAGGAGGAAGGCUGGUUGCAGCAAGGAAUAAACACCAGAAAUCUUGGAGAAGCAAGAUUUUUGACUUGGAGAAAUUUGGCAAGUUGUCAAACAGCAGCAAUGCAGCACCUCACCUGUUUGCAGCAUGGAAAGGCACAAGGUGCUCUUGCAGCCUUGGUGUGCACCAAAAAAAAAAAUAUUACAAUGUGCAGAGAGGUGAUCAAUUUCCACAUCAGAAGGAAUAAGGAGACAAAAGGGUGUUGAAUGGUGCCUAGAAAGUUAAAUGGAUUAGCAAUCUUGCUAAACCACCAUGGAAUUUGAUUCAAUCUCUUGAGAGGCUACAAAGAAUCUCUAAGCAUUUUUUGAAUGCAAGCAUAAUUUUAGAGAGGCAAAUACCACUGCAGAUGCACUGUCUAAACACACCAUUGCACAGCCUGGUUUUUAUUGUACAACAGGCUACUGGUGUGUUUUAACAUGGAGACACAAGGGUGAUGUGCUGGAGAGAAAGGGAUCACUGCCAUCAUGUUCAAGGAGAGAACAUGAUGGUACUUUAUUUUCUCACACUGGUUUCUGUUUUGCAGGUAUACUGGCAAGGAGAUUACAAGAUUAGCAUGAACUCACAACAACAAAAGGAGGACACAAGUUGGAAGAUGGCUGCUUUAUGGAACCAGUUGUGCAACAGCUAGACAAGGCUUGGCAUGGAUUUUUCUGGGCAGCAACUACCAACAAGCUCAAAGGCUACAGAUGUGCAGUUCUCUUGAAGAACUGCAGUCCUGGUUUUACUGAUCUUGUUUUCUGCAGUUGCAGGCAGAUUAGGUGCAGACAGAAGUUUCCAGCAACUGUAGUGGUUUCUAUGCAACAUCAAGGCACAAAUACUGAUUCUCUAUUCAACACAAGAAUAAGACAUGGAACACAGCUAAAGAAGCAAGUUUAAGACUAGUAGCAGCAGAUGCAGAUUUGCUACUACAGUUCACAUAACUUGGAGUUUCACAUAGCUGGUUGUGCAAAGCAGGUUAGCAUGGAACUAACGAGAACAAGUAAGUGUUGAUAUACACAAGUAUACUGUGGAUAUACACAAGUAUUGGACUUAUGGUCAAUUUGUGCACCAAGGGAUCAAACUUGGGACACAAUUGAUUGACAACAAGCAGAACAACAUAAUGCACUGAUAUACACAAGUACUAUGCUGAUAUACGUGGAUAUACAUCUGAUAUACAUGGAGUAUUGGCCAACUUGUGCAUCAAUGAUCAAACUUGGGACACAUUUUGAGUGCGCACAUGGAACUCUACAGACCUCUUCAGUACACAUGGGCAUACAGUUUCUAUUUAGUGGCCGUUUCUUAGUUGGUGGUAUUAGCACCCCGGGAUGCUCAUCCUAUUGAGAACUGGUCAUUAGGUAGAGAAUGUACUGUCUUGAUACAUAUUGAGGGCCAAAUAUAGAGCAUGAUUGCAGGCACUGAUAUACACAAGUACGUUACUGAUAUACGCGGAUAUACAUCUGAUAUACAUGGAGUAUUGGCCAACUUGUGCAUCAACGGAUCAAACAUUUCACAUAUGCAUAAUAAAUGGGAGUAACAGCUCAUUUAGUCAAGUUUUAGUUUCUUAUCAUAUUCUUAAUUUAUCAACUUGUAGUGCCAACUUAAGUCAUCAUAUAAGACUUGGGUUGGUCUUUAGCUUAAUUCUUGCAUUUUUAUUAGCCAUUUUGGCACUCUUUGUAAAGACUCUUUAUUUUGUUGGUUUGAAAUUUAUAAAAAUCACCCCUAGGCUCACAAGCCUAGUGGAAUUUGCUAAAAAAAAAAAAAAAAAACUUAAACCCUAAACCCUGAAACCCAAACCCAAAACCCUAAAACCCUAAACCCUAAACCCUAAACCCUGAAACUCUAAACCCUAAACCCCAUCGCGCCUCAUUUUCUCCCUAUUUUUUCUCUCUCUAAAACGCUCUCUCCUCUCUCUAGAAGGCGACCAGCCACUGCAGAUCGGUGAAAUGGCCACAUCUCCGCCGCCUGGUGGAGAUAGCCCACCGGACCAAUGCCAUUUGAUGUGUCUAGAUAAGACGCUGCCACCCCAAGUUGAAUCACUCCAAAAUUCCACCCACAGCUCCACGAAUUUGCAAAAUAGUAAUGCGGUCACUGUAGCAAUUUCGCAGGAGCAGCUCAGCUGGGCUCAAGAAAUUAUUUCCCAAGCGAAUUCUAGUUUGAUUCGAGUUAUUCCAAGUAUUGGAAGUGAUUCUAAUAGUCAUGAUCUACUACCCCUACAAGUUUCAGCUCAAUCUCUCUUGCCAAUUGAGAGAUCUGAGCAGGCGAAUUUGGCGAGAAUCGCCACUGAAUCGCCAAAAAAUCGCCUCAAUAUUCGACCUAUCUCCGGCCAAAUUCGUCCAAAUCCAAGCCAUGGAGGUGAUUCCUCAGGUCAAGGCGACCCUCCCUGCAAAAAUUCAGACCAUUUGGCCACCGAAAUUGUCGGUGAGGAAGUUUCAGGCGGCGGCGCCACGGCGGCAACCGGAAUUUUGGACCAAGGUAAAUGCCAAACUGUCAAAGGGACCCAGGCGCACCUCCCUACUGCAAAAGGCCCAAUUGUUACGGGCCCAAUUUGGACGAAUAUUGAAUUUGGGCCAGUUGGGGAUCUGCAGGGUCAAGAAAUCCUAGGCACGGAUCAAAUUGAGGAAUUACAAAAUUCAGUUGAUCAACAUGAAAUUGAAGAUAAUACAAUCUUCAUCCCUAAUUCUUGUAUAACUCUGCUCUCCCUUGAGCUCAUACUAAGCCGCCGACAGUCUUGGUGACGCAAACUUUCCGGGGUGUAACACGGAUAAUGCGCCUAAUGGAGACCAUUUUGAAUUGGGCUCAAGGAACCCUCUCUGAUACAGUACUUUCAUUCAUCCAUAUGUGUGAGAUAGUCGGCUGAAGUGUACAUAUACUCAUAUCUGAGAAUACACUCAGAUCUGGAAAAAAAAAAGGAGCAGUGGGUUUCACCGGAACCGCCACCACCACCACCACUAUUACUACCAUCUCCAUCUCCAAACUCGAAAAAAUCCUUAAGGUUCUAGUUCUUCAGAUCUGAACUCCAUAUGCUUCAUGUAUUAAUGGUUUUUGGUGGUGGUUCGGUAUUGUUUUUGGAGUUGAGGGGGACAAUGGUGGAUCGAAGAAAGGCGGCGGAGGAAGGAGGAGUUUUUCCAGUUUGUUGUGGUGGUUCGGUAGGGUUUUUGGAGUGAAGCAUGAUGGUGGAUCGGAAGAAAGGCGGCAGAGGAAGGAGGAGGGUUUUUCCGGUUGUUGUGGUGGUUCGGUGGGGUUUGUGGUUGUGGUGUUUCAGUAUAUUUCGUUAUAUUUCAAUGUACUGUUUCAGUAUAUUUCAGUGUACUGUUUCAGUACAUUUCGCUAUAUUUCAAUGUAUUUCUAAUUUACGACACAGUUUCUGAUACAUUUUCAUUGUAUUCCAUUGUAUAUACGCAUACUACAAUUUUAUAUUUCUUAAACAAUCAACCAUAUUUCAUUGUAUUCGUAUAUUUUUCUGUAUUUUGAAGUAUUUCUUUGGAAUGGAGUAAUUUGGAGAGAGAAACAUGGGUUG